AUGGGGUUCGUCGAAAACGUCAUGGAAAGCUUCGUCUCCGGCGGUGGUCGCCGCGAAGAAAUCGUUGAAGAGCGACGAGAAUACUAUCCCAGCGGCCCAGGCGGCCCCGGUGGUCCUCCCCCUAACCUUCCUCGUCCCUGGAUUGCUCAAUGGGACGAGCGAGAACGUGCUUAUUUCUACAUCAAUCAAGAAACCGGCCAACGAAGCUGGGAACUGCCGUAUGGCGGUGGUGCUCCCGGUGGAGGGUACUACAGCGAGGGCCAGCGCGGAUAUGAGCAAAACUAUUAUGCGCAGGAACCCCCUCGCAAGGAUCAUAGCCUUGCUUACGGUGCCAUGGGUGCGGCUGCUGGUCUUGUGGGAGGAGCUAUUUUGAUGCAUGAAGGAGAGGAACUUCAUGAUAAAUGGGAAGGUGAAGAGAAUCGAAUCGAGGAGCGUGUUGAAGAUUUCCCCGAGAACGCCGCCAACUGGGUCGGCAACAAGGUCGGUGAAGCCGAAUAUGAAGUGGACAGAGUCGAAAAUAAUGUCGAGAACUUCCCCGAAAAUGCCGCCGAAUGGGUAGGAGACAAAGUUGGGGGUAUUGAGAGAUUCGGUGAUGAGAUAGGCGAUGCCUAUGAUGAAGGUAGAGCCGAGGGCAGGGAUGGAUGGUGA